AUGUUCGGCGAUAGUGAAGUUAGUUUAGUUAAUGGAGCCCAACCAGAUGAGAUAACUAUUUCAAUACCCCAAGAAAGUAAUGAAAAAAAAAUUUUGAUCACAGCAGUCAAUGGAGACUAUGCAUCCUCGGAGCGCACUGCGUACACCUGGCUUCCAGACACCAGGAUAGAAUUCUGCUCGCCAUACAGUCGAAGAAAGAGUUCCAACUCCACCGUCUAUGAGAGUGACUGA